AACUUUGUAAAGGACACAUUGUUUCAUAUCCUUAUCUUCUUUUUGUGUAUCUUUUUGUCCCUUCAUACAAAGAAGAACAAUAAGAGAAGUUUGAGAAACACCCCAUAUAAGAUCUUUCUAGCAAUUUUAUUACAUUACCCUUUAAACACAUCCAUAUGGACAUCCAACAACACCAAAACAUGAGAGACCACAAAGGAGAGAAACAAAGAACAAAUCAAGAAAGUUAUGAUCAUCAAAAUUGCUCAUCAUCAUCAACACCACCUUCAUCUAAUUCAUCAUCUCCUUCACAUGAAUUCUCAUUCACAAUCUCAUUUCAGCAAACAAAACAAAUCCCACUUCCAUCUUCUUCUUCUUCUUCUACUACUACUACUUCAUCAUCAUUUGCCAUAGAUUUAUCUCCUGCUGAUGAUAUUUUCUUCCAUGGACACUUACUUCCUCUUCACCUUCUUUCUCAUCUCCCUAUAUCAUCCCCUAGAUCAUCCACCAAUUCCCUUGAUAGUUACACACUUCCCAAGACAGAUCACUUUUUUCACCAAGACCAAAACUUCCAAGAUUUCAAGAAUCAAAGAGUAUUAUUAGAUGAUCAUGACACUUGUUGUGACCCGAUCCUUCACCAGACUCCACACAUAGCGAGAACUUUAAUGCACCGAACUGACACUUGUUGUGAUGUUAAGGGAAAACCAAAAGCUAAGUCAUUUUCCCUUUUUGGGAUACCAAAAUGGAGAAAAGGGUAUGAAGUUAAUGACCAAAAAGAUUCAAACAAAGAGAGGUCACAUUCACAACAAUAUAGCAAUAAGAUGACUCAACUUGUGAAGAGGUACAUAAGAAUGGUGAGGCCAUUUUUGUCAUUUAGGAACAAAAAGAAUAUGCAAUUUCACAGAGAAUCAUAUUCUUUUUCUGGUAAUUUAUUAAGUUCAAGAGGUAUAAAAGGACAAUAUUCAUCAGCACCAGCUUCAAUGAGAACAUCUCCUACAAAUAGUGGUCUUCUUGUAGCAACACCAACAAGAGGAGGAGCUAAAGGGCAACCCGCUGCUCUAACACUUCCGCUAUACACUGGGUCCAGAGAAGGACCGAACCAUAAGGAUUUAUUAUAUGCAACAGAAGGAGGAGCCAAUUAUAAUAAUUGUACUAAUUCUUCUUCCUAUUCUUCUAGUGAUAGCACUAUGGAAGAGUUGCAAGCUGCUAUACAAGCUGCAAUUGCUCAUUGUAAGAAAUCUAUUUCAAUGGAAGAUAAAAUCAAGUGAGUAUUACUAAGUAUAUUUUUCAUGUAAUGGAUUUUAAUAUGUGAUAGCAGGUUAGUUAUCAUUUUUAUGAGAUUAAUUACCAAGUAGUAAUACUUAUUAGGAAAUUUGUUUGUAAUUACUUAAUGAAUGAUCUGAUUGUAUAAAUAUUUUUUUAUA